CGCAGAAGUUGAAGUUAUCAUGAGUUUCAAAAGUUCCCUUAUAUCAUUCACUGACACAAUUAGGUUCGGGAAAAUGUUUCUGAUCAGUAUUGGCAUGGAUCCCUACCCAAUGGACGCGUCUUCAACUGGAAGAACUGUUACGACUGGUUUAUUCUAUGAGUUAGGAUUGUGGAACCUACGUUGCUGUGAUUUUUUCUACGUCGUUUAUUUGUAUCUGGCAAUCAAAAACUCGAUGAAUUUGAUGGACUCCACCAUUUCGUUGCCAUGUUUAAUUUCCUGUGUAUUGUCCGAAUUCAAAGUUACCAUUCUUCGUCGGAAACGGGACCAAUUCAUUGAAAUCUUAGAAUUUCUGGAUGAAAAGUUCCCAACCAGGAAAGCUGAACAAGAUUAUUACGGAAUCGUUGAAGUGCAUCGUGCAACAAAAAGGAUGUCGAUCAUACUUGCAAUAGGCGUAUCAAUGUUCAUCUGGAGCUUCAAUUUGCUUCCUCUCUGCGAAGGAGUAAUUUCAGUUGUUGCCUAUGGAAACAAUUUCACGUAUCCUUUACCGUAUGCAAUGUGGCACCCAUUUCGGACAGAUCGAAUCAUUGCUUAUGUGGGAGUGAAUAUUCAACUGAUUUUUGCUGGUUACGUAGUGGCACAAUAUUACAUAGGAGUCGACUCCCUGAUGUUCACCAUCACCAAUCAAAUUUGCAUGCACUUUGACUACAUAUCCAGGUCCAUACGGGACUAUCACCCUAAAGGAGCAAAAAAGGACUACAUAUUUUUGAAAGAGAUCAUUGAGCGGCAUGUGGAAGUGCUGAGAAUAUGUAAAAGCAUCGACUUCGUAUUUACAAAUUCCAUGCUAAUGAAUUUUCUUGGUUCAGCGGGAAUCAUUUGCUUGGUUGCUUUUCGGGUAACUCUAUCUGACUUUUCAGCGGAUCUAGUCAAAUUCAUUAUCUACUUACUCUCGAUGAUCAUCCAAAUAUUUAUAUUGUGCUCAUUUGGAGAUAGAUUAAUUCAAUCGAGCCUGGCCGUCUCGCAGGCAGUUUAUGAACAUGACUGGUAUGACGCCGAUCAGCUAUAUAAGAAAGCUAUGAUUUUAAUAAUUCAAAGGGCUCAAAAGCCGGCGUUUUUAACUGCCAGCUAUUUUUCCGUUGUUUCAUAUCAAAGCUUCAAGGGGAUAAUGACAAUAUCAUAUCAAUUUUUUGCCGUCCUUCAUACUGCGUAUUCCAAAAAGAAUUAAUAUUCCUAUUCAGUGUUGAGAAGGAAGGAAUUUCACACAUUCUUCGCUGAACAUAGUCCAAACCACUUCUUGGCAUAGCUGGCUAGAAUCUACUCCGAAACGUUCUAGUCUGCAGUGGCUAAUUUAGAAUGUAUUGUUGUUGAUGUUCUCACAGAUGUUGGUUUGCGUAAAAUUAGUGUAUUGUGAAUGUUUUGCAACAAAAUAAAAGUUUAAAUAUAUGUAUG